AUGGACGAAGAAUCUGCUUCUAAUAGUUCCGUCUUCAGAAACCUUGAAGGAGAAGAGAUGAUGGGAAAAUUAAUUCUAUUCGCAAUCGUAUCACUUUUCACAGCGAUUCUAUUCCUCCUCUUGCUUCAUCUCUACGCUAGGCUCUUCUGGUGGCGUGUGGAACAACAUUUCAACCUAAACCUAAUCCAAUCCGACGAUCCUGGCUCAACAGUCAUCGGCCGUAACCAUCAACGACAUCGUUUCAUCUUCGCUCAAGUUCAAGAAGAUCCUCCUCGCAACGCAGGUCUCGAUUCUUCUCUUCUCCAAUCGAUCCCUGUUGUCGUUUUCAAGUCACGAGACUUCAGCGACGGGCUAGAAUGCGCCGUUUGUCUCACCGAUCUCGUUGACGGCGAUAAAGCUAGGGUUUUGCCAAGGUGUAACCAUGGGUUUCAUGUUGAUUGCAUCGACAUGUGGUUUCAGUCUCAUUCCACUUGUCCUCUCUGUAGAAACACGGUUGGGUCUGUGGAAGAGACGACACGUGGAGGAAGUGAGGGUUUGUCUCAAAAUCAAAACUUUGAAUCUGGGCAUUCGAGUAAUCAACAUAAUCCAUCACAAGAUCAGAGCCCUGUUCUUGGGGUUUCGACAGAACCUCUGAGUUUUCCGACAAAUGUACUCGUUUGGGGUGAUCACAAUCAAGUUAGAAGUGCAGGUCUCAUAGUUACUGAAGAUCUUGGUUCUGGAAAUUCUGCGGAUUCUUCUAACGAUCAUCAACCUGAAUCCACUAGUUCAAAUAGUUGUAACAGAGCACAACAAGUAACGGCGAUUGUGGUGGAUAUUCCGGUGAAUCAAAGUGAGAGCUUAUCGGAGAGAAUAGAAGAAGAGGAACCUAAGUCACCGAUGUUCACGAGGUUAAGAUCACUUAAGAAGUUUUUGAGUAGAGAGAAGAAAGGUGUGGUUUGCAUUUCUGGUUCAAGCGAUACCAAUAACAACAAUGUUUGA